AUGUCUUGCCUCGGGAAGAAGUCGAAGGAAGAAGUCCCUGAGAAGAAGGACCCUGUCCUUGAGGAAGAGGCCGAGAAGCCCAACCCCGAACAGGAUACCCCCGCUGCAGCAGAGGGGGACCCUGCUGAAGCAAAGGAGGCCCCCGCUGAAGCAGAGGAAGCGCCCCCCGAUGCAGAUGAGGCCGCCGCCGAUGCAGAUGAGGCCCCACCGGAUGCAAAUGAGGCCCCUCCUGAUGCAAAGGAGGCCCCCUCUGAAGCAGAGAAGGCCCCCUCUGAAGCAGAGAAGGCCCCCUCUGAAGCAGAGAAGGCCCCCUCUGACGCAGAGAAGGCCCCCACCGAUGCAGAGAAGGCCUCCUCUGAAGCAGAGAAGGCCCCCUCUGAAGCAGAGAAGGCCCCCUCCGCAGUAGAGGAGGCCCCCUCUGAAGCAGAGAAGGCCCCCCGCGAAGCAGAGAAGGCCCCCUCUGAAGCAGAGAAGGCUCCCUCGGAAGCAGCGAGGGCUCUCUCGACAGCAGAGGAGGCUCCCGGUGAAGCAAAGGAGGCCCCCGAGGAAGCAAAGAAGACCCCCAAUGAAGCAAAGAAGGCCCCCGAGGAGGCAAAGAAGGUUGCCCCAGCAGCAAAGAAGGCCGCCCCUGCACCAAAGAAGGCCGCCCCUAAAGCAAAGGCGGCCCCCAGUGAAGCAAGGAAGAUCCCCCCUGAAGAAAAGAACUCCCCCCGUUCCUCUGCCUCACAAGAAGAGAUUGCUGCCCUACGUCGCGAGUUAUCAGGGUUAAGGAGGGAAAAGGAUGACUUGCAGAAACAGAUGGAGGAAGCAAAGAAAAGGGCAGAUGAACUAGAGAGACAGCUACGUAGGCUUCCUACUGAUACACGUAAUGCCCUACAAAGGGAGGAUACAGAUGCAUCGGGGCCCCUGGGAUACCCAUGGAUGAAGGACCGUCAUAACAGCAACAGCAGCAGAGGAGAGAAAUACUUACUCUCUCCUAUUCAAUCACACAAUUCUUUCCCCCUUGACAGGAAACAGUCAGAAAAGGAGACAGAAGAGCCGCCAAUAGAGACAAGGACACAACAUACACAAGAAGAGACAACAACAGAGCCAGAGAAAGAACCCCACCAGGAGGAAGACCCCCAUGUGGAAGAGGGCCCUGAGGAGGAGGAGGAGCCUAAGAAACACCCUAAGAGUAGAGAAGUGUCUCCUCUUUCUGUUGCUGCAUUAAGGGAGAGAAAGGAGAAGGAGCGACCUGAAGAGACGAAGGCUAGAGACAGGGAUAAGGAAGUAGAGGAGAGUGCACGUUUACCCGCACAAGAAGAGACAGGGAGGAGUAAAAAAGACAGACAGGCUCCCCCACAAGAAGAGACAAAUGGGAAGAAAGAGAGACAGGGGACCCUGCAGAAGCUGCGGAGACGAUUAGGCCGCUCUCUUACUCCUAAGACGUCACAGGAGGAGGAGACACUUAAUAAACCUCCAGUGUCUCCUUAUGGAUGCACACAAUGCGUUACGCUUACUGAUGAAAAGGAGACACUUAAAGCGGAGCUUGAAGCAACACACAUUAAAGUUGAAGAACUUAGAAGGGAGGCACAAGAGGCAGAAGAAAGAACACAAUUAGUCGUACAAAAAGUUCGUCUGCUUUGCUGCCGAUGCUGCGCUGCUGCUGCUGCUGCUGCUGUCGCUAAUUGUGGCUCUUUUUACUACCUCUCUGCUUCUGGUGCUGCGGCUAAUAUUGCAGCAAGCCAACUCAAGGCCCAGAAAGCACGUCUGGCGUACCUUGGACGGCGAAAAGGGUACGAAAUGCGGAUAGCCGCGUUGGUGGACAAAGUGUACGACAUGGAGAGAGAGCCUCCGCUGCCGUAA